AUGAAUGAUCUGGUGUUUAAUCGCAAACGGUGGGAUCCAUUUAAAGCUUCUCAGCAAGCUUUCACUGCUUUUGGCGAAUUCUUAGAAGUGUCUCGCCAACAUCGCUUACUUACUUGUCCUAAAGUUCCUCUUCCUUGCCAUCCGGGGCGGUGGGCUGUUCCAGCUUUGGAUUUUCUAAAGUUGAAUUUUUAUGCAGCUUUCAACAGUUCUUGUCAUUUGUGUGGUGGUGGCUUAAUACUUCGCAACCAUUUGGGCCAGCCGAUUAAGGUUGCUUUGGUGUUUCUUGAUAAUGUUAGUAAUCCUUCGCUUGCAGAGAGUUUGAUCCUACGGGUGGCUUUAUUGUACUUCAAGCGCUGGGGUUACUGUGGUGUGGUUAUUGAAGGGGAUUGCCAACAUGUUAUGCAGUUGAAGGUUUCUGAGAUAACCCAGUUAAUUAUCUUCAAUGAUGUUCAUCUUCUUCUCCGGGAAUGUGUGGGUUCGUCCCUUUCGUGGGUUCCUCGUUCGGGAAAUAGUGUAGCUCAUCUAUUGAGCAAGACGGCUCUAAAAGCCGAGUGUAGUGAUGCGAAGUGGAGCGUUUGGCCCUCGUGA